AUGGCAUUGCGAAGUAAGAUGAAAAUCAACAGCAACAACAUGGAUGACGCGGUAGCUGCUGCCAAUGACUUUGUACUGGCUGCGCGACACAACCACGACGGCCUGGCUGAUACCUACCAUCGUACAGUUCGCGAUGGGAACGGGACAGCUUUGAGCGAUUUGUUACGCCAUAUGAGGUCUUGGCCGGGUAAGUGUCGUUUACCAGAGCUCACAGUGAACAUACAGCUCACUGGUAACGGUCCAUACCCGAGCAAAGAGGAGCUCAUGCUGUAUGCAUGCGGAAAGCUGCGCGAACGGUUUGCCCCAAAAAGCCGGCGGCCUAGUGCCCAUGUGUCCAAGUCCUAUCGAGAUAACAUCCAUACUUUCAGUAUGGAUGUCACGCCAGCAGCAUUGUGCGGGAGCCACACAGCUCUGCAUACUGUUGCUACCUCGCCAGUCUCGCCAGGCUCAAGACGAGCACGGGCUGCAGCUCUACAAAGGGAUGCAACUUCACGCCAAGCAACUGAGCCGUGUAUCGAGCAAUCAGUACCUGGAUCAGCUGCUGCCAGAGACGACGACGCUACAGCUGACCUUGAUCAAAGCAGCCUGCCACUUCGGCCCCGAUGUCUGUUUCCGGACACGGAAGUAUCCCGGGCUCAUGAUCCUCACUUUCAAACGCUGACAAGUACUUCAAAUGGCUCUGGCAUUUAUGGCAUAGAUGCCAAUGCUCAUACAAGAAGCAUGCGUUUGUCUUUGAGCAAGACAGAGCGCUUCCCAGACUUCCACCUGGUGCUUCUGCUGGGUGGCCCAAGUGCCAUCGUAAGUGUGGAGGAGAAGCUAGUGCGCAUGUGUGUACGCACUGGUCUAGAUUGGUUGGACGACUGCCUGGACAGCUGUGCAGAAUGUUGCAGCAGCAAGAUCUUUUCCUCCACACCGAGAACCAGUGAGAAGUUACCGACGUACGAGGAAAUAGACGGUGUUGGAUCCGUAGUUGCCGGCGGCGUCUUCGAUGAUAACAGCCAAGACGUUGCUCAGUUUGCAAAAACGGUCCGGGCCAAAGUGACUGGUCUGUGUCCUGGUGCUACUCUCUGUGACAAAAGCCAUACAAUCUGGUCCUUCGGUGGCAACAAUAGACAGAAUUUGCUGACCACCGCAGCGACGUACUCCAUAGCAAAUAACCGCUGGCAGGAGCAUACCGAUGUUGUAAGGUACGGUUGGUCGCACGGACAAGGUGUGUUAUUAGAUGAUGAUGACAGUGUGCUUUGCGUGGGCGGAAGUUACCAUCCAUGCGCACAUCCCAAGUGUACUGAUCGCUCUGUUCUCAAGUAUCAGCGUUCUCUCCUUGCUACCAAGCGGCGCCAAGUACCCACGUGGCUAUCUCCCAUGAGCACCAGUCGUCUGGACUUCGCGCUUGCUCCUCUCGACACAGGAAGCAAGGCACUGAUAGCUGCUGGCGGAAGAAGCCAAAGUGGUAGUUACACGAGCUCGUCCGAGAUUUACACCGUGUCAGAAGACAGCUGGAGUAGCGCUGCACGCAUGUCCAUGCCACGUUCUUGCUGCACGGCUCAGCUUGUCAACAAGGAGCGCGUGUAUGCAGUUGGUGGUGUGUACGAGUCAUUUCAGACUCCACUGGACACCGUGGACGUGUACGACAUCGGCAGUAACAGAUGGUCUACGCCAGGUGGUGCACGACUGGCCAGACCGCGCCACACCUCAGCAUCCACUGUCCUCAAUGGCAAUCUCUUCGCAUCCGGUGGUAUGUGUGACGGCAGCGUUCUAUCCAGUGUGGAAAUGCUAGAUACGCGCGAGGGCAAGUGGCGACAACUCACGGAAAUGAAUCGACCGCGUGCAAACCAUGGCAUGGUCACAAUGGCGGAGAUGGGCGCCAUGGGCAACAUAUUUGUUUUCGGUGGAUACGACGGUCGUGCCUACCUCAACAUGGCAGAGUGGCAUGAUAUGCGCUUGAAUCGUUGGUUUAAUUGGCAACAAAUGUAA